UUGUUGGCUUUGGCGCCCUCACAACUCUGACGCGCCUUAUCUCUUAAAAGGUUCAAAAAUUUCUCAAAUCUACAUUCCAAUUCUCAAUUUUUAUUUCACAGCCCAAACUUUUCUCUUCAUUCCAUCAAUGGCCUUAACAACCCACAACUUCAAACCCACCAUUCCCGUAUCCUUCCACCACUUUUCCCUCACUCCCUCCCACUCACACACACUUAAUCACCCCAAUAACACACACUUCUUUGGCACCCCCACCCUUUCCACAAUUCUCAACCAUCAAAACCCAACAACGCUCACACUCUCUCGAAGAUUGUUCCUGCCUUCAGUCUCCGGACUCUGGGACGCCAUAACCGGUGGCAAUUCGGCCCGCGAAGCCGUCCUCGCGGUUCGAAGAGGAAUGCUGCUCUUCAGACAGGGUGAUGUUUUGGGGUCUGUAAUGGAGUUUGAUAAAGCAAUCGAGCUAGAUCCUCGUCAGAAGGCAUAUCUUUGGCAGAGGGGGCUAUCAUUGUACUAUCUUGAUAGGUUUGAGGAAGGGGCAGAGCAAUUUCGAUUAGAUGUUGCACAGAAUCCAAAUGAUACGGAGGAGUCAAUAUGGUGCUUUCUAUGUGAAGCUCAAUUAUAUGGAGCUGAUGAAGCAAGAAGACGCUUUCUUCAGGUAGGUAGAGAUCCACGACCUGUCAUGCGGGGAGCUUAUAACAUGUUUAAGGAUGGAGGUGAUCCGGAAAAGCUUGUUGCUGCAUUUUCAAGCAGUCAGGAGAGCGAGUAUUUCUAUGCUUCUUUAUAUGCUGGGCUUUAUUAUGAAUCCGAGAAGAAAGCAGACGAGGCUAAACUCCACAUACUUGCUGCAUGCCAGUCUCCUUAUGGAAUAAGAUCUGAUGAUUACAUGGCUUCACUCGCCAAAGUCCACUGUGUAUGUCGAAAUUGGGAGGCCAGUUGAGGUUGAUUUGAUUUCACUUCAUAUGCUCUGGAUUUUACCGCUCGCAAUAUUUACACAAUGUGCAUGAAGGGAAGGCUUUUCUGAGUUGAUUUGCAUAUCUACAGAAUCUAUAUGCUUCAUAUCAAAAACAGUACCAUGCAUUUCUUAAUCUCAAAUGGAUAAAAACAGUACCAUGCAUACAGAAUAUUGUAAACGCGUGCUAAAAUUGCAUUUGAUUUAUGUUUUAAAUGUCAAAUGGAUAAAAAUAUAACGAGUAAAUUGUGAGGUUGUGCUUGGUUUGUUA